GCUCACCGCUCGGCUUUUCCAGAUGACCAAGUUGAGUUCUGGAGCCAUCUGCCUGCAAUUGGAGGGGCAGGAAUCACCUCCUGCUGCUGCAUGAAGAGAGCAUUAAUGCAUAAAUGUGCCUUGGUGGUGCAGCAGUCUGAUCAUAAAGGGACAAAAAGCUGCAGUCCUGAACUGUGACUGUGUGGUUACUGAUUUUUAAAUAGGGUUCAGUUUAUUUGUUUAAACUCAAGAGUUUUAUCGAUCACUGUGUAAUUUUCUAACAUUUGAGACCAACAGCUCACUGUAUUAGAAAAUGAAGAGAAAAUGAAGCGCAAGAUACUUUUUUGUCUAGUUUAUGCAAAAAGAACCUGGAGUGGAAGAAAAUAACUGCAUUUAUUUCUAAUCUGAUCAGGACGGAAACUUCAAGCUUCACAGGACAGGCUAAUCUGUGAGAAGGAACCUGUGAGGCUCUCUCAGCAUUGAUGUCACAGGCACAGCAAGAACAUCAUGAGGAGGAGUCAGAUUUCACAAAGUACUGUAUGAGCAGUGCUCUAUGCUAACAGAGUAGACACUAAUCACACAAGGAUUCUGCAUGGGAUGUAAGCAGUAUGCUGAGGCUGAAGUGUCAAAAGGAUGAUGCAGAUUUAAACUCUGGUGUCUCGUGUGGCAGGUUGCGUUUGAGAUAGUGGAAGAUUUUUUUAAAAAUCUGUGGCAUUUGAAAAGUAUGAUUAAUGAAGGCCAUCAUGUAUAUUGGCGGCACAUGCCAAAGCAAUGCACUUCCUGCCUUAAUGCGGCCGCCAGUCCCAGCUAUGCAGCCAGCCUUGGAUAUUAAACCAUUUCUUCCAUUCCCACUGGACUCUGCUGCUGCGGUCAGCUUAUUCCCCAAUUUUAAUGCGAUGGACCCAGUUCAGAAAGCAGUGAUAAAUCACACGUUUGGGGUUCCUCUUCCUCCAAGAAGAAAACAAGUAAUUUCAUGCAACAUCUGCCAACUAAGAUUUAAUUCUGAUAGCCAAGCCGGGGCACACUACAAAGGCACUAAACAUGCCAAGAAGCUCAAAGCACUGGAAGCCAUGAAAAAUAAGCAGAAAACUGUUACUGCCAAGGACAGCGUAAAGACCACCUUCACUUCCAUCACAACCACCACCAUCACUGCCAGCUCUGACAAAGCAGACACCACUCAAGGGACAGCAACAAUAUCGAAAGUGACAACGGUGGCAGCAAGCGAUAGUGUAACAACAGAAUCCAUUUCCAGGACAGAAAAAUCCUUCACAUCCAGCAGCUGUAACACAGCUCUUCCCAAGGAAACAGAAGAAGAGAAAGCGAAACGGCUACUUUACUGCUCCCUCUGCAAAGUGGCUGUCAACUCUGCCUCACAAUUGGAAGCGCACAACAGUGGAUCGAAGCACAAAACUAUGCUGGAAGCCCGAAAUGGUGGGGGUCCAAUUAAGGCAUUCCCCAGACCAGGCGUCAAAGGGAAAACAUCCACCAACAAAGGCAUUACUACCGGUCUGCAGAAUAAAACAUUUCACUGUGAAAUCUGUGAUGUGCAUGUCAAUUCAGAAACACAACUCAAACAGCACAUAAGCAGCAGAAGACACAAGGAUAGAGCUGCAGGGAAACCUCCAAAACCCAAAUACAGUCCGUACAACAAGCUUCAAAGGGGUACCAAUGCACUUGCGGUAAGCGCAUGCAUAAAUGCGGUGAAGUUGGCCUUUCAGAAAGAACUCUCUAAACCUCUAGCUGCUCGCCUUUUACCAAACCCAUUUGCUGCAGCAGCCGCAGCUGCUGCUGCAGUGAAUUCACCAUUCGCUUUGCGCUCCAGCCCGGCAGCCACUCUAUUCCAAACAGCAGCCCUUCCUCCGGCUCUCCUUCGACCAGCUCCUGGACCUAUACGGGCAGCUCACACUCCGGUUCUAUUUGCUCCUUACUGACCUGCCCUGUGUACAGGAGAGAACAUUAGGAAAGUAAUAAUAAAAUACUGCAAUAAUUCAAACAGGGAACUAUGCAGUGAUAAUCAUGGAAUUAAAUAACAUGGAAAGAAACUUGCUUGUGCAGUAACCAACGUGGACUUUGAAUAGCUGCAUUUUUAUUCAGCAAAAAGAAGUAAAGCAAUCCUCCCAUAGGAAAAUCUAAUACACGGAUGUUAUGAGUAGUUUUUAGUGCUGUAGAAAUGUAUAGAGUCUGCAAACUACCCAUAACAAUCAGCCUUUUUACACAGUAUUUUCAUGUAAUGUUUCCAUGUCUUGUGAAUAGUCUAUAAAUGUGUGUCAGGGCAUUAAACUCAAGUCCUAUAUGUAUAUUUAAUUUCUCUCUGUAGGAUGAAACAAAAGAAAAUGGGACACUGUGACAAUUGUCUUCAUUAACUGUCAGCACAGUUCAGCAGCUUGCUGCUUUCUAUUUACCCAACUAUAAACUUGUAAAUGGUGUCUUGUGAAUUUGUAGCUUUGUGCUGUAUAUCUCUGAUGUAAUAAUAUGUCUAAUAUGAUUUGCCAAUGUCAGAUGGAAUGGAAUAGCAGACAAACCAAUAUAAUUUUUAGGCAUCCUAGUAUAUCAUGUUCGGGAAGGUGUGUGACUGUCUUCAUGGAGUUGAUUAUGUAUUUAUUUUUAACUGCAGACAAAGCAAGGUAUUAAAGUGUACAGACAGUAUAAACACCACACACCUUCUUGUACUUCAUUUUAUAAAGCAGCUUCAUGAAUUGUAGUUUUCCCUUUACACACAACUGAAUUGCAAUUGUGCUUAAUUCUAUUUGUCAGAGCUGAAAUAGUUGGAGUUAAUCUGAAUUAAUGAAUUGGAUUUUGCCCACUGGCUUGAGUUGAGGGAGGGGUGUGUUAGGUGGGUAGGAGGGGUCAUUUAUCAGUCCUUUCGGUUGAGCCGAAUGAAAUUAAUUGUCCUUCGGGCACUUAAAUGGUACCCUUUGGCCUACCUCUGAAAUGGAAGACCCUCGAAGUGGAGGUCCCGACCACCAAAUCACAUGCCAACAGUUAUUCAUCCCUGCUAGUGCAAGUGGAGAGCAGUGCUAACUGGUGGCACUAUACCCAUCAGAGGUUCAGGAGGAUUGGAAAACCUUAGCACAAAGGUUAGUGAGAGUGGGAGAAAUGUCAUGGGUGGGGCUCCUGACAGAUGGGGCUGCAUCAUCCCUCCAAACAGCUUCAGAAUGCAUGACAAUAGAAUAAUCAUGGAAUCCCGACAGUGCAUUUCGCACAGCGAGUCUAUACCCGACAAUCUGAAUAGCAUCACACGCAGACCCAGUCCUCCACUCUAUCCUUGCAUUUCCCAUGGCUAACCCACUUAGCCUGGACACUUAUAGGGCAAUUUAGCAUGAUCAAUCCUCCUAACGUGUAUAUUUUUAACUCUGGGAAGAAACCGGACUACCCAGAGAAAACCCACACCGACACGGGGAGAAAUAGCAAAAUCUACACAGCCAAUCACCCGAGGGUGGAAUCAGACCCAGGUCCAUGGUGCUGUGAGGCAGCAGUGCUAACCACAGUGCCACCAUGCUACCUAGAGGAAGGAUGAACUUCCACUGCAAGGAAAAUCAUGCGGAUCCCAUUAAAUCAAUAACACAUCACUAAAAUGCAGUGGUCUCCACCAUAAUGGUUGUUAAUUGGCUCAUAAAUGACAUUCUAUCACCAGCAGCUGAGGGAACCUACCAUGAACCCCUGUCACCAUGCAAGUUCAUCAGGGAUGGUUCUCAUACCAGACAGAGACUGGAGUGGCUUUGCCUCCCUAUGGGUCUCAGCAUAGUGUGUGGCAUUAAAUCCAGCCUGAUAUUCCCAUUCAACUGAAUUGUUGCACUGAGUAAAGUAAAAUGAAAGAAAAUUUCAAAACCUAUACUGGUUGUUCAGUUUACUUUUUUUAAAAAACAUUCUUUCUCUGCAACUGUAGUUGCAACCAGUUUAAAUGAAUUCCAGAUGCGUAAUGAAGCCAUUUCAUUAUGGCUUCAUAUUGAAGUUUUAAUGUUUUCUCUCAUAACUCAUCUGUAUAAUUUAUGUGGCUUAAAUGUUAUUUCUUCAUUGUUUCUCACUAUUUGGAUGUUAAGUUUACGAUACAGCCAUGCAAUGUCAUAUGCUUCCGAGGAAGGUCUUUAGGAGAUUGGUUUGACUUUUUUUUGUUUUAGCUUCUUUGCAUUUUGUUUCAUUCCAGCUUCAACAGACUUAAACAUAAAUGUUCACAGCACAACAAAGCUGGGAAGUCAUUUUGUACAUUAUAGCUGUUAAAGCCUGCAGCCUUAUUGCAGACUAUUAGUAGUUUAGCCAAAUGUAAAUUGUGACAAGAAAAUGAUGUUUCCAUGUACAGUAAUGUCAAUAAAUGCUUUCCCAACCUUGUAUGUAUCUUUAGUGAUUACAAAAAUCAAAUGAAACUGAUAGCUCAGGUCAAAAUCUUUAAAGGUGAUGUAAAAAGGUUUGCUGAAAUAGAAAAUAAUUUGUUAAUAAAGUAUUAGUAUUAACCAAAAA